AUGCUACUAGUCACUUUCAAGAGAGCAACAAAAGACUGGUUGAAGGCACUUCCAUCUGGUACAAUCAUCACAUGUGCCCAAUUGUGUGACAAAUUUCUAGAACAGUUUUGCCCACACUCCAAAAUCUCUAAACUCAAGAAGGCGAUUCCCAACUUUGAGAAAAAUCUGAGGGAGUCAUUAUACGAGGCAUGGGAAUGCUACAAGGGGUUGUUAAGGAAUUGUCCUCAACAUGACCUCAAUAUUCAGCAUGAGAUGUCGAUAUUCUAUGAUGGGGUAAAUGUCAUGACUAGACAACUCCUUGAUUCGCAAGGACCACUAACGAAGACGAACCCAAAUCAGGCCAAGGAGCUGAUUGAAGAAUUUUCAAAUCACUCUCGUGAGUAUCACAACCCAGGGCGUGAUGGAAUAAAAGGAAGUGGAGGUGCACAAAAUGAAGAGAUGGUUGUUGUGAUGGCAAUGCUGAACACUACGGAUAGGAGAUUGACCCAAAUGGACCAAUCAGUUCAUGCAAUUCGAGUUGGUUGCGAGAGAUGUAGUAGCCCACAUUUGACAAAAGAUUGCAAUAUGGAUGAAUAUGGAAACAAGAAAGCUCAAGUUUGCUACUUAAGUGGGGACAAGUAUGAUGAAGACCGGAGGAAACCAAAGAAAGAGUGGCUUCCUUACGAUGAAUACAAGAAGCAAAAAGAAGAGAAAUUUAGGCAAACUGGUCGGGGCUUCUACCAAAAAGAGCAACCACCAGCUGAGAAGAAAGUUGAUCUAGAGACCGUGUUAAUGAAGUUUAUGGAAGCUUCCGAGAAAAGGGAUGAUGACACCGACGCAGUGCUAAAGGAGCACAUGAAAAUGAUGAAAGAACAACAAACAAUGAUGAUUGACCAAGAAGCUUCAUUAAGAAAUCAUCAAGCAUCAAUCCAUAAUCUCGAAGUCCAAAUUGGUCGACUAACUACCUCACAUCAUGAACUAUACUACCUCACGUCGUGA